UCAGGUUUCUAACCUGUCUAUCCAUGAGAUGAGACAGUUAUUAGGGGUUUAGGGUUUUUUUUGGAUGAGCAGUGAACGCGUUGUGGCUUUGGUCAUGGCGACCGAAGUGAUCGACAAAGAUCGGUUUCAGAAGGUUUUCGAAGCACUCGAAACACGAAAGACACUUCUAACGAACUGCACCGAAAUAUGGAAGAAGCUGUCAAGCCAUUUCUCUUCCUUGGAAGAAUCUCUCCUCCAAAAAUCCAAAGCUCUAGAUUCGAAGAUCGAAGCCCUGGAUUCGGAGACCAAGAAGACACUAGAAGCCUUGGAACAGCGGGAGAAAUCGAUUCCGGAGCGUGAAUCGGCUGCCAUUGCCCGUGUUCAGGAGCAGAAGGAAGCUGCCCUUGCGGAAUUCGAGAAAACAGGAACUUCGAAUCUGGGUCUGGCGGAAGCUCUCAGGUCUUAUUGCCGGAAGAUGGAUUCCCCCGGCUUGUUGAGGUUUCUGGUGGCGAAACGGAAGGAAUCUCCGGUGUUACUAAGGGCGGAAAUAUCUCUGUCGAUUGCUGAAUCAGUUGACCCUGCACGUCUAAUUUUGGAUGCCAUGGAGGAUUUUAUUAACCAGAAGUCUGCAAAGGGAGGGGUUCCUGACCGUCGUUGGGCGUGUGGAAUGAUGCUUCAGGCACAUUUUCCUGCCACUGAUUCUAGUGAGAAAGCACCGGUUGUGGCUUCAAGCAUUGGUGAAAGAGCAUAUGGAGUUGCGGAAGCAUGGAAAGCGAAGAUGGAUGAUAAGGAAUCGGGCGGGUUUGGUCCUGCAGAAGCUACGAUGUUUCUUCAGUUGGUUGCUGGGUUUGGGCUGCGGUCACGGUUUGAAGAAGAAUUCCUAAGGAAGUUGGUGUUGGAUUUCCCAUCGAGAAAGGAAAUGCCAAAGCUUGCUGCUUCAUUAGGAUUUGGGGAGAAAAUGGGAGAUAUAAUUGAUGAAUUGGUGAAGAAUGGCAAGGAGAUCGAGGCCAUAUAUUUUGCUUCAGAGUCUGGUUUAACUGAACGGUUUCCUCCUCUUUCUCUGCUUAAGUCUUAUCUUAGGAACUCCAGAAGAAAUGCCACUACGAUACUGAAGAAUGGACAUUAUAGCGCAGCUGCAACUGAAGAAGCUAGUGUGCUAGAGUUGAACUCAAUUAAAGCUAUCAUCAAAUGCGUCGAAGAUCACAAGCUUGAGGCUGAGUUCACACUUGACAGCCUAAAGAAGCGACUCACUCAGUUGGAGAAGGCCAAGGCGGACAGAAAGAAGAACAUGGCAGCAACCAGCAAACCUCAAAACAAGAGAGGCCGAGGGGGCAGUGGUGGUGGCCCACCUAACUUCCGCCCAUCCAAAGCAGGCAGGCCUUCAAAUUCUUACCCAUCUUAUGGCCGUAGGGGUCCACCACCCACUGGACCUGCACCUCCAACUAGAUAUUCUGGGGUGGCAGCAUACAAUUAUCCAAGUCAGAAUGCCUACGAGGGUCCUCCUCCAACAUCUUUUGCAUCACCAUAUGGAGCUCAUUCCCAAAACCCAACUGCACCACUUCCUCAGCCCUAUGCAUUCAAGCCUGAAGAUAUGGGUGCUGGUGGUGUUCGGGCUGGUGGAUCAUAUGGGGGACAGACUGGUUAUGGUGCUUACGAUUAUGGUGCUGCCUCUCAGCCUACUUAUCCGCCUUCCUAUCCACAGUAGUCUUGAAUAAAGUUUCGGCCGGAUGAUGGAUAUUUGUUAUAUGCCAGCUUGAAUGGUUAAUGGAUGUUAUGUUAACAAUGGGGUGAGGCUUGUGUUGAUGUAAAGCCUAAAGGAUUUGUCGUCUCUUAAAAUUGAAGGCUAUGAUAUAUUUUUCCUCCUUUUUUGAGAAGGAUGCCUAUCUUGCUGUAUGUCAUUGAACCCUUCUGUUUUUCGUUGUUUACCUUUCAUUACUCGUGUCAGUUUCA